GGUAUAAGAUCUAAACUUUUGUAAAGAAACGGCAGUAUGAAUAAAUAGCCUAAAAAGCUUACCAGAUCAGGUUUAACUGUGUCAACUGUGUGAUUUAAAUAGACGUGUUGGAUUUUAGACUUCGAAAUCGUGUUUCAGAAACAAAAGGAUUUAAGCAACACACUUUUAUUCAGCUUUUAGGAAUAUUUGCUUUUCAGUGCGGCUUUGUUGAGGAAAGACCACAAUGUUGACGGCAUUGUGUUUGCUGUUGAUGCUGUGUAAAUCACAAGGCAGCGGAAUAGAAGAGAGCCGAGAAGACAAUAGCGUAUAUGACUUAUUCGAGCUCGCAAAGGUAAAUAAAAAGCACCAUGGAGUGAGCCUAGUAAAGGGACCCGACCCUUACAGCCCUGCUUACAAAAUCCUCAACCCCAACCUGAUCCCUGCCAUCCCUGAGCGCUUCUUCAAAGAUCUCAUCUACUCCAUCCAAGAGGAAAGGGGCUUUCUGUUUGUGGCCAACCUCAAGCAAGCUAAGAAGACCAGGGGCAGCCUGUUCUCUGUGGAAAGGAGAGAUGGCUCUGGGUCUGUUUUUGAGCUUGUCUCAAACGGGGAUGCCAAUUCUUUAGACCUCAUUUAUGACACAGCAAGUGGCCACCAUGAGAUCACCUUUGAAGACGCACGGCUGGCCAGCGGCAGCUGGAUGAACGUCACCCUGUUCGUGGAGGAAGACCGCGCGCAGCUGUAUAUUGGUUGUGAAGAGAUAAACACACGCGAACUUGAUGUGCCUAUCCACCAGAUUCUGACACAGGAUGUGGCUGAUGUCUCUGUUCUUAGGAUUGGAAAAGGAGCAGUGAAAAGCAGAUUUAUGGGAGUGCUCCAGAAUGCACGCUUUGUAUUUAGAACGACUUUGAAAACAAUCCUUCGUAACAUGGGAUGUGAGAGCUCCUCCUACAUCAUUGAUGUCGUGACCCUUGACAACCCAGUGAAUGGCUCCAGGCCAGCUAUACGCACAGAGUACACUGGACACAAGACUAAAAAUCUCCAGGACAUCUGUGGCUUCUCUUGUGAAGACUUGGCAGGCAUGUUUAAGGAGCUCAAGGGGCUUGGUGUGGUUGUUAAACAACUUUCAAAUCAGAUCCACAAAGUGAAUGCAGAUAAUAAACAUAUAAAGGAUCAAAUUAAGAGUUAUAGUGGGGUGUGCCUGCAUAAUGGAAUUACCUACAAAGACAAUGAUGAGUGGACAGUUGACAGCUGUACCCACUGCACCUGUCAGAACUCUGCCACUAUUUGCCGGGAAAUCUCCUGCCCGCUCAUGCCUUGUGCUAACGCCACAGUCCCUGAUGGUGAAUGCUGCCCACGUUGUGGAACACAAAAUGACCAUGCUGAUGAUGGCUGGUCUCCCUGGUCUGAAUGGACCCACUGCUCAGUGACCUGUGGCCGAGGCAUCCAGCAGCGUGGGCGCUCAUGUGAUCGCAUCAACAGCAACUGUGAGGGUACCUCAGUGCAGACCAGAGACUGCUACCUGCAGGAAUGUGACAAACGCUUCAAGCAAGAUGGAGGAUGGAGCCACUGGUCUCCCUGGUCCUCCUGUUCAGUGACCUGUGGCAUGGGUGUCAUCACUCGCAUCCGCCUCUGUAAUUCACCCACCCCACAAAUGGGAGGCAAAGACUGUCAAGGAGAAGGCAGAAAGACAGAACCAUGCAAUAUGGCCCCUUGUCCAAUCAAUGGAGGCUGGGGACCAUGGUCACCUUGGGACUCUUGCUCUGUCACUUGUGGUGGUGGACUGCAGGGCAGACAUCGCCUUUGUAACAGUCCUGUGCCCAAAUAUGGUGGAAAAGAGUGCAUAGGUGAUACCAAAGGUACCCGCUUGUGCAACUCUCAAGACUGUCCCAUUGAUGGCUGUCUUUCCAACCCUUGCUUUGCUGGUUCUAAGUGUACCAGCUUUCCUGAUGGCUCCUGGAAGUGUGGAGAGUGUCCACUUGGGUAUACUGGAAAUGGAAUUAAUUGUCAAGACAUUGAUGAGUGCAAAACAGUUCCUGAUGCCUGCUUUACACUUAAUGGAGUCCAUCGUUGUGAGAAUACAAAUCCGGGUUAUAACUGCCUACCAUGCCCUCCUCGCUACUCUGGACCUCAGCCUUUUGGCAGGGGCAGUGAGCAAGCUGUAGCUAACAAACAGGUGUGUGCACCAAGGAAUCCGUGUCAGGAUGGCACCCAUGGCUGUAACAAAAGGGCCAAUUGUAUUUAUUUGGGCAUUUUCUCUGACAUCAUGUUUCGAUGUGAAUGCAAGCCAGGCUAUGCUGGUAAUGGUCAUAUAUGUGGAGAGGAUCCUGAUUUGGAUGGCUGGCCCAAUGCUGAUCUUCACUGUGUUGAGAAUGCCACUUACCAUUGCAAGAAGGACAACUGCCCAGACCUUCCCAACUCUGGGCAAGAGGACUAUGACAAAGAUGGAAUUGGGGAUGCUUGUGAUCAUGAUGAUGAUAAUGAUAGAAUCCCUGAUGAUAGGGACAACUGCCCAUUCAUCUAUAACGCAGAGCAAAAUGACCAAGACCAAGAUGAAGUCGGUGACCACUGUGAUAACUGCCCCUAUAACAGCAAUCCAGACCAGAUUGAUACAGACAAAAAUGGAGAAGGCGAUGCUUGUGCAAUUGAUAUUGAUGGUGAUGGUAUUUUAAACGAAAAUGACAACUGCCCGUAUGUCUACAAUGUCGACCAGAGGGAUACUGACCGAGAUGGAGUUGGAGACCACUGUGACAACUGUCCAUUGGAGCACAAUCCAGAUCAGAUUGACUCUGAUUCAGAUAACGUGGGUGACAAAUGUGACAGCAAUCAGGACAUUGAUGACGAUGGCCACCAGAACAAUCUGGACAACUGCCCAUACAUUCCUAAUGCUAACCAGGCUGAUCAUGACAAGGAUGGGCUGGGUGAUGCAUGUGACCACGAUGAUGACAAUGAUGGUAUCCCUGAUGACAAAGACAACUGUAGACUGGCUGCUAAUCCAGAUCAGUUAGACUCUGAUGGUGAUGGACGUGGUGAUGUUUGCAAAGAUGACUUCGACCAAGACAACAUUCCUGAUAUUAUGGAUGUUUGCCCUGAGAACUUUGCCAUUAGUGAAACAGAUUUCCGUAGGUUCCAGAUGGUUCCUCUAGACCCUACAGGAACUUCCCAAAUUGACCCUAACUGGGUGGUGCGUCAUCAGGGUAAAGAGCUUCUUCAGACAGUCAACUGUGACCCUGGCAUUGCUGUUGGAUAUGAUGAGUUUAAUGCCGUGGAUUUCAGUGGAACCUUCUUCAUCAAUACAGACAGAGACGAUGAUUAUGCUGGCUUUGUGUUUGGCUAUCAGUCCAGUUCUCGCUUCUAUGUGGUGAUGUGGAAACAGAUCACACAGUCCUACUGGUCCCAGACACCUACAAAAGCUCAGGGUUACUCUGGACUGUCCAUAAAAGUGGUUAAUUCCACCACAGGUCCUGGAGAACACCUUAGAAAUGCUUUGUGGCAUACAGGAGAUACAGUAGGACAGGUGCGCACUUUAUGGCAUGACCCCAAGAAAAUUGGCUGGAAGGAUUUCACUGCUUACAGAUGGCAGUUGAUCCAUAGACCCAAAACUGGACUUAUCAGAGUUAUCAUGUAUGAAGGCAAGAAAGUCAUGGCAGAUUCAGGAAAUAUAUAUGACAAAACAUUUGCUGGUGGAAGACUUGGCCUCUUUGUCUUCUCUCAGGAGAUGGUGUUCUUCUCAGACCUCAAAUAUGAAUGUAGAGAUGUCUAACAGGAUGAUUUUUAAAGAAGUUGCCAUCACUUAUUUUUGUUUUCGACCAAGAUGUAAAAAUUUUGUGUUAUAAGACAAGGCUACCAAACUCUAUUAUGGUGGAACAAAGGCAACAGAAGAAAAAGUUACGAGGUCAUGUGACUUUCAAAACAAAACCAACUGGAUGACGAGCAUACACCUGCAGAAAAGCAGGUAAAUCACCAUCUCUGCAUGGAACAGGGAAAUAAAAAGACUUUCCUAAACUUGUCUCCUGUUAGUAAAGAUUGAAAAAAGAGCUAUUGUUUAUAAUUUAAUUGUACAGAUCUGCUGUGGACUAUGCUCCUGAGAGAAAGAAACUUCUUAAAAUUUGAAGUAAUAUAGCCAUUCUUUGUGCUUUUAAUGCACAGAAAAAGGCUGUGUGCUUCAAGCAAAUGAGUUUUUUUUCUGUAUGAAUGUUUGUCAGAAAGACCCCACUUUAUGGUUGUGUGCUAAAUAAAAAGCCACUUGCCCUUUUCUGGAGGCAUGAAAUAUAUACUGAUGUUCUCAGGGUUAAAGGGACCUUUGUCAUCAAUGUUUCAAAAUAAAACAGUAUGUACCACAAAGUUAUUUACUUACCAUAUCAAAAUAGGAAAUUGAUUAUUGCCUGCUACUAUGUAACAGGCAAAUAGACAUUUAAGCUGUUACAUUGUAUUAAUUUAUAUUAAUAAAACAAACUGGAUAAUUUUUAGUAGAAUUUCUUUUAUUAUAUAUUUAAUCAUAAAAUUUUCUUUCUCCAAAAUCCAAGUUUUUAGCCAAGCUUGUACAACACUCUGCAUUCUAAUCAGCAAGGAAAGACAAUAUACAAAUAAUACCUCAUAUUAGAAUAUAAAUAAAUCAUUUACAUUUUUGUAUUUAGUUAAACAAGUGUAGUACAAAUGUAUGUUUCCAAAAUGUAUAUAAUACAAAAUAUUUGCCAAAUAAAAUACCCUAACAGGGCAUAAAUACAUUUUUUUAUGUUCUAAGUGAAUGAAUUAUGCAUUUUUAUAUAAGUUAUUAUUGAUGUUUGUAUUUGAAGAUGUAGUUUCAUGUUUGUAGAUAUGUGCUAUUUAAUUAAUUUAUCAGGAAGUGUGACAUGUCUUUUGGAAGUGUUCUGUAUGUAUAAACAGUUUGCACAGUAAUUUGAGAAUGUUUUUAUUGUCUUUUUUUUAUUGUCAUUGUUGUUGUUGCUUUUAUUUGAACCAUCCCCCCCCCAAAAAAAAAGUCCAUGGAGGAUUGCCUUGUACUAUGAUGGUUGCCUUAUAUUUUUUAAUGUAAAGUCUCUUCUACAGAAAUGGUGUUUUUACACAUUAUUUUUUAAAAGAACAAACCAAUAAUAAACAGUUACAGAUUAAA